AGGUUUUGAGAGCGAGGUGCCCGUCUGAAUAGGUUGCGCACGAGGAGAGCCCACCGGCCACCGCCUACCGCAAUGGAAGCCGCAGGCGGCGGAGCCGAGGAUGAGCAGGUGAUGAGCGAGGUGCACUUGGGCUGCCCGCCGCACUUCUCUGGCCUCCUCGUCUCCCAUUUCAGCUUCUCCUCACGGCCCCUAGGGCCAUAUGGACACAAAGGAGGCGGCGGCGGCGGCGGCGGGAGCGAGCUAGUCGCAGCAACUAGCGGUUCUGGAGGUGAUUCCCCUGACGCAGUCGCCGUGGAUGAGGAUGGGGAUCUCGUUCUGGACCGGAGGAGAAGAAACAAAUAUGCUAGAGGUGACCGCCAUCUGUUCACUAUUCAGCAUGGUGUUACCAGCUCGCUUAAGAGCGUUGGGCUUCAGGUUUGGAAAGCGGCCUUACUAUUAUCUGACUUUAUUCUGCACGAAAGCUUUUCAUCGCCAAACUUUGAUGGUGUUACUGCCAUUGAGAUAGGUGCUGGAACAGGUUUGGUAGGUUUAGCACUAGCUCGAGUUGCUAGAAGGAUUUUUGUUACAGAUAGAGGCACUGAUAUCCUUGAUAAUUGCUUGGCUAAUCUCCAUAUCAACUCUGGUAUGCUAAGGUUCGAUGAAGCUAAAGUCUGUGUACGAGAACUGGACUGGAAAAUGGCAUGGCCUCCACCUGUGGGUACAUAUGACCCUUCUGAUCCAAGUCGGUAUUUAUGGUCUGCAAGUGAAGUUGAGGAGGCUGAGAAAGCAACAGUCCUGUUUGCUGCAGAUGUUAUUUACAGUGAUGAUCUCACAAAUUUGUUCUUCAACACGGUGAAGAAAUUGAUGUCGGUCGGUGCUAAGAAGGUGCUAUACUUGGCCCUGGAGAAGAGAUACAACUUCAGUGUAGACGAACUAGAUGUCGUGGCCAAUGGUUACACGCACUUCCGAAGUUUCUUCACAGCCCAAGAUGAGCACGGUGAUCCGAGCAACAGAUCUGGACCAGGUUUUGUUGGAAAGCAGAUAGACCCUGCAGAGAUUCCUCAGUACAUCAGAGAGUAUGAGAGGGGCAAGGAUUUAGAGAUGUGGAUGAUCAUGUACAGUCCGGAGGAGAAACAGCACAGUAACUCUACAAAAACCGUCUUUUCCUUCUAGGAGGACGAAGAGAGCAAUGAGUGCUUGGUGCAAAAAGACGAAUUCCGUUAAAAAGACGGGACCCCCUCCCACGGGCAUCCAUACUAUCUUGACAAAAAUGAAAACUGCUGCUUGGUGCAAGAUCCGUGUGGUGUCGAAGAAUCGCAGUUCGGCAUCUUCUCUGCGGGGACCGCGACAGAAACGAGGUCAUCAGAAGAGAGAAAUAAGUUACACCUAAUUGCGGCAGGGCAGGGCAGUGGUGGCUGGCAUAUAUUAAGUGGUGGACAAUCAAGAACAUGCUCUGCAUGCUUAGCUUAAGUAUAUCAUACGUAUAUAAUAACGCCGUUGGGACUCGUUUUCUUUGUCGCCCGGAAACAGCAUCUGUUUGGUCCAAGAUUCUUGGCACGCCAUUGCGAUCCAACCCUGUCGUGCUCAAACAUACUCUCUCCGUCGGCUGGUGCUCUCGUUUCAUUUCAUCACAAGUUAAUUAAUUUUAAUUUUAACUAAAUAUGUAUAAAAGGUUAGUAAUUUCAAUGAUGUAUACUAAUAAAUAUUAUUAGAUCGAUUAUUUAAUCUAUUUUUUCUAAUAAAAUUAUUUGCA